UAAUCUUACUAUACAUUACCCACAGACUCCGCAAGCCUCACAGGUCUUCCAAGUCUGUCUCUUGCCAUAAGCUCUCGCGAUGUCUGCUGGUCAGAAGGCAAAGGGUCUCGCCCUAAACCACAGUGGCAACAUUGGAGAGGCAAAACGUAUCAGCGACCUGACAGUGGACACAGGCAGGCAAGGCUUACAAGUAGGUGCUGGUGUCGGUAGUGUGAUUGCUCGCUCCGACGACGGCCGACAUUCGUUGGGAGCCGGUGCAUACAGCAAUAAUGUCAUCGGCGGAGGGAAAAUGAACAGUGAUCCUAAUGUCGGUGCAGCUGUUGGCUACAGGUUUUCCGGGGACAACACCUCAGUUGCAGCCGCUGUGCAUAAGCAAACCUUUGGCAAAAAAGGGGCUGAGCAUGGUGGUUCACUUGGCGUGGAACAUCGACUGAACAACCACCACUCUGUAUCCGCUGGGAUUUCACAAAGUAAAUUUGAUUCCCUUGGGGACCAGUUCCGGAAGGACACCAGUCUCAGUGCCGGCUAUCGCUUCGACAUCAAUGACAGGUCCUCCGUCAGCGCCGCCGGCCACCGGACGACCUACGACUUUGGUUCAGACAGAGUGACAGAGCUUGGCAGGACCCUCGGAGCGAGCCACCGCUUCGACGACCAGCACUCUCUCUUCGGCGGUCUCUCUCAAAGCAGAUUCGAGUUCCCUGGUUUACGAGUUUUCCCCUCUCGUACUCCUUGGUUCCUGCCCGGACAGAGGCCAGUCUCGGACGGACAACAGCUCCUUCAUGGGUUAUCGCUUCAGCAUCAACGACACGGCCGCUCUCUCCGCCACUGGACACCGAACUACCUCGGACUUCGGAGGUAAUAUGGGUCGGGAGACCAGUCACGGAAUUUCACUUGGCUUCCAUAAAAGUUUCUGAAUUUGUCUGGGAUGAUCGCACACACAACACACACCACACACACACACACACACACACACACACACAACACACACACACACAC